AUGUAUCGAUUGUUCGAUCUGGACUCCAAGUUGGAGGCUCUUUGCACGGCAGAGGAGGAAGGGGAGGAGAGUCGAAUGAUGGGCAGCAGUAGUGGCUUCCGAGCCGAUGAGUCCCUACAGGAGUUAGCUGCCAUCACAACGCCCGAUGAGGAAUUCUGGUUUGAUCAAAUUCUCCUCCGGUUGCGAGUUGGAGUCGUCCACAUAGGAGCUGACUUGUGGUCAACACCCGAGUCGGGUACUGUCCUACUAGGUGACGUUAUGAGCUACUCUCGCUUCUAUUUCUGUGGAGCGUUCGUGGGCACCAUCGGGAGAGACGGAGGCCGUACCAAGUUCACAUUGUGGCUUGUCCAGCUGGAGUGUUGGUAUAGCACCAACGAACUGGAAGUCACCGUCGCUGAGCUCAUCGUCACCUUUGGAGAGGUCCACGUCGUUCUAUUCUGCAGAGCAUGA